CCGCUGUUCUUCUCUGAGCUGAGGAAAACGUGAAUUACAGCACUGCGCCGUGGACAUGCGCGGAGCUGCAGCGAACAUGGCGGCCUGCAUCUGAAAGUGGGGAGUCUCAUCAAAACACGCCACUCAGACGUGUCUCCUUAGGCUUUUGCUUCUCUGAUGAUCAUCAUGGGCCGAACACCACAGAGAGAUCAAAAAGACGAGAAGAAGGGGAGACGGAGCAGCAUCCCAGCAGGCUCUGCCCUCGACAAAUCUAAUGAACCGUUCAGUUGGGAGGAAUAUCUGAGAGAGACCUCAUCCACUGCAGCUUCACCUAGUUGCUUCAAACAGUCCAGAGUGCCUCCAGCUAAUGAUUUUAAAGCAGGUAUGAAACUUGAAGCACGUGAUCCUCGCAACUCGAACUCAGUGUGCAUCGCUACGGUGAUGGGCAUGAUGGGUACUCGUCUGCGCCUGCGUCUGGAUGGGAGUGACAACACCAAUGAUUUCUGGCGACUUGUGGACUCUUUGGACAUCCAACCAAUUGGAACCUGUGAAAGGAACGGAGACAUGCUGCAGCCGCCUCUAGGUUUCAGGAUGAAUGCAUCCUCGUGGCCCAUGUUUCUUCUGCGGACGCUUAGCGGUGCAGAAAUAGCCCCCGCUGCUGCUUUUAAGAAGGAACCACCCACUCCUGCUAAAAACUACUUCCACCCUGGUAUGAAGCUGGAGGCUGUAGACCGGAAGAACCCCUAUCUGAUUUGUCCUGCCACAGUGGGAGAGGUCAGAGGUCAGGAGAUCUUCGUCAUGUUUGAUGGUUGGAGAGGUGCGUUUGACUAUUGGUGCCCCUUUGACUCCAGAGACAUCUUCCCUGUAGGCUGGUGCACCCUGACCAAACACAGCUUACAGCCACCCGGAAACUUCUUUACGCUCCCUGGUGCACUCCUCGCCCCGGUUUCUUCCUCCUCUGCGGCACAUCGCACCUCCUUUAACUCCUCCUCCUCCUCCAUGCAGACUUCAUACCGACUGCCCCAUCCCUUGCCGCCCCUCCCUGUUCGCAAGGGUGUUCGAGGUCGUCGUCCCAAGUCUCAGACAAUCGCUUUGUUAAAAGCAGCAGCUGAGGCAGCGGCAGCAGCAGCAGUCAAUGGAGCAUCACAGAGCCCUGAACCCGAGUCUCUGCUGGCCCCAAGACCACACAAGAAGAGAGGGCCCAAACCUAAAGGCAAGAAGCCUUUGGUAGGGCCAUCCCCAGGGGCAUCACCAGUUAUAACUCCACCUCCAGAGACCAGAUUGAGCACAAGUCAUGUCUCAGUGGACACCAACCUCAACAACAGUUCAAAUGUAAUUUGCACAGUGUGUGUCUAUGUUAACAAGCACGGUAACUAUGGCCCACAUCUUGAUCGAAAGCUAGUGCAGCAGCUGCCGGACCACUUUGGUCCAGCUCCAGUCAACGCAGUGCUUCAGCAGGCUGUUCAGGCCUGCGUGGACUGUACUUACCAGCCCUCUGUGCUGCUGUCCUUUCUGCAGAGCCAGUCCCAUUCAGGAGGAGAGGUCAUCAGAGUCCGAUCAGAACAUGGCAUUCGCUACGUGAAGCUGCCCUCUGCCUCCAGUGCGUCGGCUGUGCUGCGGUUUUUGGAGAACAUGUGCCAACACUUGGAGAGUGACAUUCUUUUCAGCUCACAGCCAUUUAGCCCUUACAGCACCAACACACGCUUUUACAACAGAACAAAAUCAGAACCGUCAGCUGUCAAUGAGAACGGCAUGUCCAAUAACAAUUCCUCAAAGGAUUCCAUUCCCAAUUCUAGCCCUCUUCACAUCACACUGGACUACAGGGCUGCAAAGAGGGAGCGGCCAUAUUGCCCUGGGCACACACAAACAGCACCGCCACUCCAGCGCGUUAGCUCCAACCCCACUGAGCUCGGCCCAACGAGCGCUCACAGACGAGUGGAGGCAGCUAGCUCCACAACUGGUCCGGAUCAUAUUAAACAAGACAAAGAGAGUCCAGGGAACAGCGCCUCUUCCUGGUCGGUCGAUGAUGUCAUUCGGUUUGUCCAAGAAGCCGAUCCCCACACACUGGGCCCUCAUGUUGACCUGUUCAGGAAACAUGAGAUUGACGGCAAGGCGCUGAUGCUGCUGCGCAGUGAUGUCAUCAUGAAGUACAUGGGACUGAAGCUGGGCCCAGCUCUCAAACUGUGUCAUCACAUCGAGAAGCUGAGGCAGACCAAACAGUAGACAUUGUCUCACUGGCAGACCAAACACACAAACACUUACAAAUAUACCAUACUGGGAUGUGGUGCAGCCUAAAUACACCAAGGUCGUUGUUCUGGGACUUUUUCAGGACACAUCGUUUAAUUUUACUGGACAAUGGUCUCAAUUUGAAAGUGUUUUGUUGUGAAUCAUUACCUAGAUUUUUAAUAUCAACACUUUAUGGCAAUGUGAAGUAGAUUUUGUAGCUGAAUUUUGACCUUGAAGUUGGGUAGAAGGCAAUUCCACACAGAUAAAAUACUACAUCUGAUUUUAUUUUUUAUGCAAUUAUUUCUAUAGUAUUAACAACUGCCAUGAAUACAUUUUACUUAGGAUUUUAGCACCAGUUGUAUCAGCUUGAAGGAUCUAACUCUACAUUGCCUGUUUCACAAACACAUAACUGUCAGAAAUAUAGGGACACACCACCAAAUCAUGCUUUCCAAUGAAGACUUCGAUGAGUGAGCGUGGUGGGGAGGAAUCUGACUGGACAACAGUGGAGACGCAACCGUACCCUCUUGUCCAGCAUCAGUACUUCCUGUCAUAUUUACUGCUGGAUAAAAACACCCAUAACAACAACAUCCUUCAGAAGAGUUUAAGCUGUUGUAGUUGCAGAGAGUUGGUCAUCUCCAUAAUAAACCCUUUGGAGUAAUAACGGGAUGUCAUUAAAGUUUAUGUGCGAGUAAAGGCAGGCGUCCUAAUACUUUUGACACUCACAGGCAACUGUGGUGACCCCUAACGGGAAAAGCUGAAAGAGAAGGGACAUCCAAACUUAAGUUUCCUCGUGGAUCCAAACGCUCCAGGGUGGACGUGCUGCACUGUAGACUGGGAAGGUUAGUUCAGGUACUGGCUGUCAGAAUGCCACUUUGACCAAUGCAAUAUUAAUUCCGAAUGGCUAUAUUUGUCAAAGACAGGUACAUUUGGUUUAUGCAUACCACUGAAAGUUUGAGUGCAAUUGCUCACAGGCAUUGAACAACAGGAGCACCUCAGUUACGUGAAUCAGGAGUGUAAAAGCGCUUGAUCCCAAAAAUGUGGGAGGAGUCUUGUUUGCUGAAGUCAAUCGUUGUAUAAAUAGUUUUUGCCCCUCAUCAGUAUAUUUUUUAUUGACAGAUGUUAUGCAACUAGUGGUGAUCCUCUUUUUCAAAGAUCAGUCCUGAGCUGUGGAUCAGAUCAGCUCCUGGAGGGAUUUCUCUUUGAUUUGUGUCUAUCUGCAUGCUGGAUGAUGUUGUUGCUCUAGGUUUCAGCGCAAUGAAUGUAUUCUAAUUUUACGGUCUAGCUAUCCAAUACAAAUGGGAUAUAUUUGUUAGGAUUAUUUGAAAGGGAUUUUUUUUUUGCCAUUUUGUAAGGUGUUCUUUGUAAAAAGUUAUAACUAAUCACUAUCUUAUCCUCUGUUCAUAGCUUCCGGAACAGCCUCUGUUUAUAGAAACUGAUUACGUUCUGCAGGAUUGAUAAGCUAAUGGCUAGGCUGAACAUAUUUAAGGCCAAAUAGUAUUACUGAAGUUUUAAAACAGCUCUUUUUGAUACUCUUUAUUUAACCAGGUAAAGAGUUUUAAUGAGGUCAAAAUCAUGGGAGACACACCCACACCAUGUGCUGAGAAGCAGUCAAACUGAUUUAGCGUUACUCCAAUGCUCUUCUAAAAUAGAUGUCCCCAAAUUCACCAGUUCUGAGAGCUAUAGACCUGUUAAAACAUUUUUCCAGGAAACAAACAGAAUUUUCAUGCAAUUAUUUGUUGUUGUUUCAAAGAUCAUUAAAAUAUAUUAUUUUUUUCCAUUUAAUUUACAUAAAACAACAACAGUUCUUUUGCAUUUGGGAAAUCUAAGGUGAAAUUUUUAGAGAAAAAGACAUUUUUAUCUGAUCGGUACGAUCUAAAGCAGGGGUUCUCAAUCCUGGUCCUGGAGGGCCGGUGUCCAGUACGUUUGAUUCAGUGGUUGAAUCAUCAACCUCUGCAGAAGCCUAUUAACUCAUUCACUCCCAGCUGGUUUCUGAACAGAAAGCCCCUGACUGCCAACGGUUAAGAGCAUUUUUACACACAGAAUACAGAAUAUUGUGCUCUAUAGUCAUGUAGACACCAAAACUACCAAAAGAAAGAGUAGACUCACUCUUACAUCAGGAACAAUCAGCAUGUUUCUAGCUUUUUACGUUCUUUCCAUUGACAUAUAUACUGAACAAUUCAUUUCCGUAGGCUCCAAUAACACAUUUUUGAGGCCAAACGGGAGGUGGCCA